ACCCCCGCGAAAGCUCGAGUCGCCUGCAGAACCGUGGCGGGAAGGCGCCCCUGACGCGCACCGGGCGGCGGGCGCGGUGGCUGCAGGUGCUCUGAGAAAUCCCGCGCGGGUCCUGCCAGUUUCUCAGGGUCUUGGAAACGGAAAACCUAGAAAAAGCUGGAGCGCUCCGGGGUGAUGGCCCGUUUGACCUCCAACCACUGGAGCUCUGCUCUGCAUGAGUCUCCCGAACCCAUGAAGUUCGGGGCGAAUGCCUUUCCUCUCUCUGGCGCGAAGCCGGUGAUAGAAACCAAAGUAACAGCUGAGAAGGAGGAAGCCUGGAUUUAUCACAUCUUAGCAGAUCACUGCACGUGUGGCCGGGAGUAUGGAGUUGCCAGUAAAACUGAAGGUCUGAGGCCAAAUUCUAGCGAAAGAGUGCCAUUCCUGAUAAUACUUUGUCAGGACGGUAAAGCAGUCCGGUGUAUUUUGAGUGGAAAGGUAUGGGACGAGCUGGCUCUUCUGUGUUUCCAGGUUUGCUACAGAUGGUUGAGAGAAGGGGUGGUGCGAAGACAGGAAUCGAAAAGAGAGAUGUAACCUUGAGUUCUGUCACUUUGGGCUCAGCAUCCUUUUCUGUUAAACAAUGGUGAGAAAGCCUAGCCCACUGACUGAUUUCGAGAAUUGAACGUUAGCCAAUCUGGCACAGAGCCUGACCUAAGAGUAAGCACCCAGCAAUUGAACCUGAUCUCGCCCUUUUGCCAACUGGCUUGCUCAAUGUCGUGUUGCGAGGUGGGCCGCAGGGGACGUAGUAUAGUACAGAAUCGUAAACAUGUCUCAUUACUGAAAAACUAUUAUAAGUGGAGGGCAGAAUGUCCAGAAAUAAGUGCCGAUCUACGCCCUAGAAGUAUCCUUGGCCUUCUGAAGGCUGGUUACCUUGGAGUUCUGAGAGCCAGAGAUCCCACUGGCAGCAAAGUUCUUAUUUACAGAAUCGCACAAUGGGACCCAAAAGUUUUCACAGCUUAUGAUGUUUUCCGUGUAAGUCUAAUCACAUCCGAGCUUAUUGUAGAGGAGGUAGAAACCCAACGGAAUGGUAUCAAAGCUGUCUUUGAUCUAGAAGGCUGGCAGUUUUCUCACGCUUUUCAAAUUACCCCAUCGGUAGCCAAGAAGAUUGCUGCUGUUCUUACAGAUUCCUUUCCAUUAAAAGUUCGUGGUAUCCAUUUGAUAAAUGAGCCAAUAAUUUUUCAUGCUGUCUUUUCCAUGAUUAAACCAUUCCUGACUGAAAAAAUUAAGGAACGGAUUCAUAUGCAUGGGAACAAUUACAAACAAAGCUUACUUCAGCAUUUCCCAGACAUUCUUCCUCUGGAAUACGGUGGUACAGAAUUCUCCAUGGAGGACAUUUGUCAGGAGUGGACAAAUUUUAUAAUGAAGUCUGAAAAUUAUCUCAGCAGCAUUUCACAGAUCAAUCAAUGAGAAGAAGUUAUUUAAUGUGAAUAUUAAAUAUACAUGAGUGAGAUUCUACCUGGUUACAUGAAUGAAAGAAAAAUAAUCUUUUUAAACUAGUUAAUGCUUGUCUGAUUGAUCUUCUAAAAUGUAAAACUCUUCUGACAUGAGCAACAUGGGGAUUUGGAAAACUGCUUUUUCAAUGCAUUUUAUCUUUCAGGUAGUUAAAUGUUAGUACUUCUUGAAAGCAUAGAAGAGAUUCCUGGUUUUUGUACUUGAAGUUAUCUCUUAAAGUAGCUAUUCAUGUUCACCUUUGUAUAUUUCUGAAAAGUUUCCUUUUAACCAAGUUAUUUGACUACAUUGGUUUAGGAAUAAGUGUACUACAAAUAGUCCAUGAAAAAGAAGUAUUAGUACAAAUCAUCUGAUGAUAAAAAUCUAUCAACAUCCAUCAUGGGUGGGUGUCAGAUUAGAUUAUAAUUCAGAUUAAAAUCUGAAUACAGUUUUACAGAGUUAUUUCUAUGGGCCAGCAAGACAGUUUAUCUCAGGGAGGUUCUAUUUCAGCAUAAUUUGCACAAUAGAAAAUUUUGAUCGAAGAGUCUCGCUACCAUAAACUAUUGUAUGUAGCAUCUAGAGGUCUCUGAAAUUACUCAUGUUGACAAAAUUGAUAAUCAAAAAUAAUUUAGGAAAUAUUUUAGGUAUAGCUGAUGGCUUCUUAAUACUAUUUCUGCAUUUUCAAACAAAUCAAGAACGUAAUUUUGACUUCUGUUUUUAGUUAUCUUAUCAAGACUACACAGAGACUUAGAAAUGGAAUAAUACUUAGUAGUCAUACAUGGACUCUUUUUAAUUGAACAAUAACACAACUACACAAAGGAAAGGAAAUGUUUACAUUUUAAAAAUCACUGUCAGUUACACCUGGAACUUUUCAGAUUAUGUAUGAAAUAAUUUAACUUUUAAUAUAUAUCAGAAUAUUCUAGACAAAUUCUAUAAUUCAUAUUUACUUUAAAAAAUCGGUAGUUAAAAUGUGCUGUUUAUAUUAUAGCUUAUGUCAUAGAAUAUUUCAUUUAUUAAGAAAGAUACAAUGUCAAUAUAGCUUUCAAUUUAUGACACAGUGUUUCAUAAUUUUUAAAUUUUGUUUUAAGUUUGAAAAGAAAAAAACACAGUGCAAAUUUGUUACACAUUUGUUCAACUUUAAUCAUGCAAUAGUAUCUUUGUGAAAGGAUAUAUGAAGGGUAUUUUUCUUUAUAAGAAAAUUAUUCUAAUCAGGUGAGCUGAUAAUUUUAAUUCUCUGUACAUAUGUCUAUGAAAAAAUUGAGAGCAACUGUGAAUGUUCAUUAGAACACAAAUUUUGAUUUAGCAUUGGGAAGCUAACUUUACAUUAUAAUUUUUAUUAAAAAAUUAGAUUGUGCCUGUUUUCUAAAAAAAAAUCAUAAAGACUUCCUUACAAAAUUAUAUAGUUCACAAAAUUGUAUGAUUAAAAAUAACAGCAGAAUAAAAUCAUUGAAAAACAAUGAACAAUAACAACGACAAAAAGCUCUGGUUUACCCAACUUUUAUUUUUCUAUAAAGGAGGUUUAUAUCCGAGUUCCACUUCAUUUACAUUUGGAUACUUAAAACACUUACUCAUGACUCUGUGAAGGAAUGAUUACUUUAGCACGUGAAUAAAGGAUAGUAUUUAAAAAUGUUUAAAUGUGAUUCACUGGUGAUGUUAUUAACAGUAAACAGAAUUAAAAUAUGUCAGUAGAAGUGCAUUUCAUGAUGGUACGGUGACAUAUUUUUUUAAAUGCAGCAAUUCACUGAAGAACAUGAAAAGAACAAGGCGAAAUGAGCAGGCAAUUUUAUAAGGUGGCAGGAUAAAUAACUAUCAAAUUGUCUAUAUUACUAAGUUACUGUAUAUUACUUUACUGUAAUUGCACCAGCAGUGCCUUUUACAAGGUUAACUCUAACAUGUGCUCAUUAUGUUACUGAGCUGCACAAUAAUCUGUGUUAAUAUUGUUCAAAAAUAAUAAAGAUCUUUUACAUAAGCUA